AUGAUCCAGGACAGUCCUGAAGACUAUCACAGUACAACUGGGGCGUUGAUCGUGGGUAAUCCCUCCGUUCCUCCACGAACAAAGUUGCCAUCAUUGCUAGGAGCCAGGAAAGAAGCAUUAGAAAUUGCAGAGUUGUUAGGCGUGUCAGCUACGAUAGGAGAAGAAGCUACCAAGAAAAAGGUCCUCCAACGGAUUCAGAAAGUCAGUUUGAUUCACAUUGCUGCCCACGGUGAUGCAGAAAGAGGAGAAAUUGCUCUUGCCUCAAAUUGUCCUUUCAGAUCUAGACUUCUUCUAAAGAAGGAAGAUUUCAUGCUUACCAUGGAAGAUGUUGCAAAGGUUGGUAUCCGAGCCAAGCUGGUGAUACUUAGCUGUUGUCACAGUGGUAAGGGACAUAUUAUGACAUCAGAGGGAGUUGUGGGUAUCUCUCGCGCCUUUUUGGCAGCGGGAGCUCGCUCAGUGCUAGUUACCCUCUGGGCUGUGGAUGACCGAGCCACAAAAGAGUCCAUGAUUCGUUUCUACGGACAUCUGAAGUGUGAUAAACUGAGUGCCUGUGGUGCUCUUCACCAGACCAUGAAGUGGAUGAGAGACUCCAAGAGGUACAGAGUCGAUGAGUGGGCACCAUUUGUUUUGAUCGGAGAUGAUGUCACUCUGGACUUAUGAAAGAUGUAAUACCUUUGAGCUGCGCCACAAAGCAAUCGUUGAUCGGGUACACAAGUUUUUCUAUCCUAAUGAUCGCGUACAUGGAUCUUAUCAGCUCUAUGUUUGAAACUUGACUGAUUGACGAUGACGUCAAUCUGGAUUUAUGAGAGAUGCUACAAUGUUGUAGUAAGCAACAAAAUAGUGAUUAUGAGGUUCAUAGUUUUUUAUGUUUAUGGAUGGGGUACCUUGGCGAUGGCCUUAAAUAAUUUUUUUAUACUGAUGUUUUAGUCGGCAAAUGUUUAGAUUUAUAAACUCAACUAAUACUGAGAAACCUUCUACUGUUCAAGACUUCGAUGAUGUUUCAGUUAAGGAAUAUUUAGAUUACAAUGUUCAGAUAGCACUGAGAAACCUUCAACUGGUCAUGACUUUGAUUGAACUCUACUAUUUAGUAAAUUGUAACCAAGUAGCUGAGAAAUAUGGAUAGUCUUGUAGCAUGCAGUAAUCCGCAAAGUUGUAAGAAAAUUGUUUUAAUAGCUCGCUCAGGACUAUUACCGUUUUGUGGCAAAGAAUGCUAGAAGUGACGUUUUCCAUUUUAAUUUUUUAAAGGACUUAGUUUUUUUUAUAGAAAUAGGUUAAAAAUAUUUCUAGCAAUUUAAGUAAUUUGGCCGACAUCACGCUGCAUUUACUACCUAGCAGUCCUUGUGAUGAAGCAAUACAAUCAUACGAGAAACUCAAUUACAUUUCAAAACUGUUCCAAAGUACAUAGGCGUUUAUUGAAAGCACAUAAUUUUCCUAGUGAUUUUCCACUCGUGUUAGUGACGUAGUAGAGUAAUAAAGACCGCUGACCGAAAAAACUUUUUGAAUAAAUAAGAACGAAAUAAAUCAAACUGUUUAUAAUACUGUUCAGCCUGUUUCACAGUCGUCUCAUAUCGUAUUUGCCCUUUGUAACUAGCUGAAGAUUGCGAGAAAGAUUUGCACACAAUGUAUCCUGACUACCGGUAUAUCCACUGUGUUUGUCUACUCCCUGGGGUUGUUACAAUUUGCAUCAGAGAAAAAAGUGUAAUAGGUCGUGUAAAAAGCUUGUAAAAUGCCCGACAGUUUUUACAAUCAAGAUGGAAGAGAAUGAACUGAGUCUGCAAUAAAAUCGAUACUAGAGUAAAAAUAAUAUAUAGAUUUAGCCAAGCCUAAAAGCGGAGCUCGCAUUUUUUUCCCGCACGUCUCAAGGGCACAACACCUUGUCUCGGCCAGGACUAGAACCCGGGUCGUCCGACUCGGAGCCUAGUGCACUGACCACUGGACUACUGGACAAAGCCGUGGCGCUGGCGUGCCCGCGGUACAGUUGACCAUGCAUGUUGAAAGAAGCACCUUGUACGGUCGUACAUCCAAAUUUUUUUCGGCUUGGUGGGUUACUACUAUUUCGUAUAAUUAUGGGACUACGCUCUGCGAGCUCCGCUAUCAUUGAGAUGAAAAAAAUAGCGGUACAAUGAGUCAGUUCAUCUGAGUGUAAGCCAAUGGACGAAAGCAUACAUAGUACGUUUAUACAUGAAUCAUUCAAAGUAAAGUAAAGGUAAAGUUAAACAAACAAAGUUACUACGAAAAAUCUUAUAAACUGAAUUUGGACCAAUUUCGCAUCAGUAAUCAAGGGCCCACUAAAAAGACAUUUUCAUUUGCCAUUCAACGUUUUACUUUUUUCCAUUUGUACUGUUAGUGUAUAGCUAUCCUGAAGGGUGUUGCCCUCUGGGAAUUUCAAAGGAAAGAGAGGUUCAACGAAUGUAAGCUAUAGGGAUGUUUCAAACAAUACAAGGCAAUUCGAAAUAUCUUUUAAGAACAUUAAGACAUCGUGUCAAGUAAAAAGAUUGUGCGACAUGUCAUAACAUAUCAUAACUUCGUCGUCGAACCUUUCAAAGUAUGUUUGUCUUAUAACCAGAAACAAGGAAAUGAAUCAUUCUCAAAGAGGUCAAGAAUAUGAAAUUCUUAAACGAAAGUGGCCAUGAAUUUGGAAGUUUAAGGAAAGCAGAUUAAUCGAGAGUACUGUCAAAUACGUCAUAAUCGUGCUUUUUUGUUUUGCAAUUCUACUGACGAAACCGGUUGAUCUGAACAAACGUGACGUAAACGACACGUAUUGUGUUACACGUGUAACUCAAAGCAUCACGUGAGCGGUGAUGUAAUAUUUCAUAAACGAGGGCGAGUGUUUCAUUAGGGUUUCCAAACACGAGAAAACUGAUGUGUUCACAACUUCGGAAUUAACACGCUGAAUGGAAUCUUGCCAAACAUGUGCAAGGUUGGAAUUUCAUCGAAAACAGCUCAUUCUUUGAGAAUUGACUGUGCAACAAAGUUGUUCGAUUCAGGCGUUGAAGAAAAACUCCUCCGAGAAAGGACCGGACAUGGGUCAGAUGCCUUGUUAACAUAUGAGAAACCUAGUCUAGAGCAGAGUGUUAAAGUGUCUAAACUACCUUGACCUAACUCGUGUGUUUAGAUAUCUAAUCACGCGUGUUUGGAUCUGUUCUUUAUCGGGUAUCAAGGGGCAUCCAUGUGACCCAAAUGAGGCCACACAAUUGGUUAAAUACCUCAUGCAUUGUUACUGAGUUUGAGAAGUCAUGAUCAAGAAUCUUCGCGUAGCUUUCUGGUUCAUGUUUUAUCUUGAAGGAAACAUUUAACAAAAUCUCGCAACGAUUACCGAGUUUAACAUCAUAAGAACACAAGUACUCCAUAAUUCUGACAUCUAAGAGGUCCUGAAAGGUAUGUAGGCGACGAAAUUUGCUCAUUGCAGUAUUUUAACGUUUCAAAAUCGAUUGCAGCAGACCAAUAACCAGAAGUCGGCAAAAACAUCAAGGAUGAAUUGCGGUGAUUUCGCCAACGUCACGUUCGCCAACGUCUUUGGUCUCUUAGCCAACGCGAUGAGUCGCUUGGCCAACGUCCGGAGCAACUUCAGAAUACCCCGCAACUCAUUUACAUGUCAUUGAAUUAGAAUAGCGUCUAUUGUGUUAUGCCUCGAUCUUCAAAGCCUCCCGACACAUGAAAGUGAGGCGGAAAUGAGUUGCGGGGUAUUCUGAAGUUUAGCCCAACGUCCUACUGGUCACUUCGCCAACGCCAAAUAUCUAGUAAUAACUUAGUAAUAGCUUAGUAAAAAGGGUGCUUACUGAUGCUUCGGAUGUAAUGCUGAUGCUUGGGUCAGAACAAUUUUAAAUUAAUGCUAGUUUCGCUUGGCUGACUUCCAAACAAUUUGCAUAUUUUUGACAGAUCCAGAAAAGGCCGGCGUGUGAGCACUAACAUCGCGGUAAUUUAAAACUGUUGAAUAACAAACUCCGAAGGCUUCCAAAUGUGUUCCAAAAAUGUAUAACUCAAAAUUUUACUUGAAAAAUGCGUUACGAUGUGAAUUAACGAGUUAAAAUUUUUCAGAAACAAUCAGAGUUUGUUUUCCAGCCUUCAAAACGAGUCAGAAAUAAAAUAUAACAAGUAUAAUAUCAACAACAUUUUAAUUACAAUACGUACUUUUAUAAAUAUUUACAAGUGCAAAAUAUUUUAGUGGAAAACCUAUUUACAAAACCUUCUGAUUCACAAAAUAUUUUCAAUGCAAAACUUAUUUACAAAACCUUCUGAUUCAAAAAAAUGUUUUAGUCAAAACCUAUUUACAAAACCUUCUGAUUCACAAAAUAUUUUCAAUGCAAAACUUAUUUACAAAACCUUCUGAUUCAAAAAAAUGUUUUAGUCAAAACCUAUUUACAAAACCUUCUGAUUCACAAAAUAUUUUCAAUGCAAAACUUAUUUACAAAACCUUCUGAUUCAAAAAAAUGCUUUAGUCAAAACCUAUUUACAAAACCUUCUGAUUCUCAGCUUACUUCACGCUAGUUCAGUAAGCAAUACACACCUUCCUCCAGACGGCCUGUGUCCAGUGAAAGACACAUCCCUGAAUUUUUACAGUAGGGAGCACUUCUCUGAUGGCCGACCAAAUUGCCUUCUCAAAGUCGACGGUGACCUGCCUGACUGAGAGCUGGGGCAUUAGGUGGACUAGAUUCUGGAGCACCCGGAUAUAAAAGAACAACCCAGUAAGUCAUUUUUCUUACAAUCAAUCUGAAAUUCAGAAGAAAUUCAGUGUGUGUAGAAAGCGUAAAAAGAAAAUGUUAUUGAUGUGUUCUUUUCCAAUAUGAAUUUUCAAAGUUGUUAAUUAUCUUCUCUUCUAUACUUCAGAUUUAAUAUAUCAGAAUAAAAAAGCGGCAGAAAGCGGCCACGCGAAAAAGAAAAUGGGGACUGAUCCUUCUCUAUGGCAAUGAAUGUUAAUAAUUGGAUUAGUUUAUUUAGAACAAUAGGGUAAAAUUCACAAGUUUUAACACAAUGAGUUUACGCGUCUAUUCAUAUGGUAAUAUACAAGCGUCAGAAAAAAUGCUGUUUCCUCACGGGUCAGUUGCAUCACCUAAACAACAUUAUUGCUGGUAUUUGUGUUUCUUGAUUGUGUUUCUUGUAAUACUUAUAUACUCUUGAUCGAAGUUAUAAUAUGCGCUGGAGUUAUAGAAUUAGUAGUAGUAGUAGUCUACAAUGUAUUUAUAUAAAUCUCUGUUCUAGAAGUCUCAAAGGUAAUUAUAUAAAUCUCUGUUAUCGACAAAUAAACCCUAUAGAAGAACUUAAGGAAAAGGUUGCACACAUGCGACUUUAUUGCUCUAAGUUAAAUUCAGCAACAUACAGCGCCGGUGACGCGUGGCGUGCCGUGCAUUUAUGUGGGCCCACUGUGUUUUAAGUUGCGCGUACAAGAGAAGGAAACUAAGUCCGAACAAAAUAACGAAAGGAAACUAAGUUCGAACGGGGAAAUCAAGUCAGCUCAGUCAAGUAAAUAACACACAGAAGCAAGAAGAAGUAACGGUAAAUUUUUAUUUAGAGUAAACUAAUACAUUGGCGAAGUGACCAGUAGGACGUUGGCGAAGCGACUUUUGGCUUUGGCGAAGCGACCUAAGACGUUGGCGAACGUGACGUUGGCGAAAUCACUCGUUGGCGAAAUCACCAGAUACCCUUUAAAUUGAUCAGUGGUCAAACAAUCGCUGGUGAAAAACUGUAUUUCAUCUUCGGGCAGGGUGAUCUGGAAAGAGGAAGUGCCCUACAAAAACUAUUUGCAAUUUCAUCGAGUUAGUCUUUUUUAUCUAUGUAAAAUGGACAGCCUUCAGGCUCAAAAACUUUCCAUUCAUAAACAAUUUAUUUUCCCUGGCCUCUCUGUCCCCUUUGUUAACCUUUGCAAAAUCAGUCGAGGGACAUGAUGAUGCGAGAGGCAUUUUGGUCAUUUACGGUGCCUUGUGAAUGUACUGUGAAUGUACCACUUUUUAAUGAUCUUUGCAAUGAGUAAAGGGAAAAGCGUUUUCAAAGUAAACAAUGAGACAUGGAAAAAUGACCUUUGUGAUAGGAUAGGAUUUCGUAUUGCAUCAGAGAAUUAUUAUCCAUAGAGACCUUUCGGGAAGCUGUUCGUCUCGCUAAGGAAUAUAGUUGACGCGUGGAAGAACGUCAGUCGCAAAUACUAUUGAUAACGAGUCACUGAUUUGUCCCUCGCUGAAAAAAAUGUUAAAGUCGCAUAAAAUCGAAGAUAGUAUCUGCAAUCCUCGUGUUAAACCAUUUAUCCCGUUACACCUGUUUUCAAUGAUUGUAUUACGAGAAAAUUGCAAUGUCUGUAUCACUGGAAAAAAGUUCGAAAAGGGAGUGACUUGACAGGGUUGUCUGCAGUCGGCAAUUGAAGAUACACUUUAACUUGCCUUACCAAAGCUCCGGAAACAAGUUCUCGAAUUCACUUUUUAGCUACGUCUGAAAAAUAACAUUUUAAAAAGUUUCACAUGAGAAGAAAUGUUGACCAAGUACGUCUCAAAAAAACUUGACAGGGGUUGAAACCAAAGACUCUUUGCAUACGUGAUGUGAUGUGACGUGACGUAUGUAUGCCUAUAUUUACUAUAUCGCCAGCAGCGCCCGUGGGCAAUAUGAGGCGAAUCUUGCGUUCUGAUUGGCUACCCGAGCAGGCCAGAUGGGCCCAUCUCGCCCACUUGGGAUUGCGCACUUUGAUCCCGCGCAAGUUCAACAUUGCGUGAAACGGCCCUUCAAAGCUCACAUUUUUUGGACAAUGUUGGCGAUGGAGUCGCAAAAAAGUGGCAGAAGACAGUCAAAACAAAGAGAACAUAAACGAUUAUCGUGGUCUAAUGUGCCACAAACACAAUAUGCCAUGAAUCCCGGCUCUCGAAAUAACAAGUCGUUCUUGAUUCUUAAUAAGGCGAAAUCUUUUUGCUCUAAAAUAAAUCCUUUAGUGACCAAGCUUCUGCGAUAAAGAUAACUAGGUAUUGGCCUCGUCCUUUUUUUGCGUUUUUGUGGACCUCGACUUCGUCUCGUGGAGUUCGGCCAAUAUCCAGCCAUCUUAACCCCACGCUGAUAAUGCAUCUAUCAUGGGAAAGAAAGUGAUAAGCAGAUGAUCAGAUAAUCCACUUGUGACUUGCUAUAUUUUAGUUUCGGUUUAAUAAAGGGUUACUAAACGACUACUACUAUAUUCGUGACGGAGAUAAAAGACGGUAAACAGGGAAACGAUUGAUGUUCAGAAACGAGCAAUAAUUCUUAACCAGGUCCUCUCUUAUUCACAAACAAGAGGUGGAGUCCCAUGUGUUUCAUUUUAAGUGUUUAGACAAUAAACUGCUGGCUACUGUGAACAUUGUUAGAUUAACAAGUCGACAAAUCGAUUCCAUGUUGCCGUGUAUCUGCUAAGAAAUAGAACACAGAUGACGUAAUCGUGUGGUAAGAAAUAAAAGUGGCAAACAAGGCGCAGCCAAGUGUGUCACUGACGUUCUUAUUACAUUUUGACUUGCUUCGUUUAUUUGAUAAAAAAAAAAAAUGUGUUAAUAAUGACGUCCUCCAUGCAUCUGUCCUCUAAUAGAACAUGAGUAGGAACCGAUCAAAAGGCGUGUAGGACUCACUUUAUCUCGUAAAUGGUCACACUCUCAUGCUGCUGAGGAAAUCACGGUGUGGUGAAGGGCUAAUUUUCUCUUACCUUCUCCACAGAUUCGGAUAAAUCCAAAUGGAGAAAUUCCUCGUCACAUGCAGUGUAGCAGACUUUCUUUUCAACAGUCAUCUUUACCACAACGCUAUUGAUAUGUACAAGGAGGCCCAAGUCUUGUUGAAAGGAAGUAAAGUCGAACAUGGUAGCGACCCUAAAAUUUUGUUGCAUUAUAAAUUAGCACUUUCUUACGGUUGUGUAAAUGAGUUUAAGGAAGCAUUGGAUUGCUACGAAAGACUUUUAAAAAUCAACGAAGAAGUUCAGAAUAGAGACUGGGAAGUAAAAGCAUACAGAGGCAUCAAUAAAAUGCACCGUUUUAUGGGUCAACACGUGCAGUCGAUUUUCUUUUUACGAAAACUUCUUCAAAUUGUCAAAGAAACUGAGGACAAACGAGCAGAAAUAGAAGCUUAUGUAGAAAUGGGUGAUUCUUAUUACAAUCUAGGUAAGCCGGAUAAAUUCAUCGACUGUUACAAUGACGGGUUGAAAAUCUGCAGAGAGAUUGGUGACAGACAAAUGGAAAGACAGAUACUUGAUAUGCUUGGAAGCAGACACAAACACCUCGCUCAUUAUCCAGAAGCAACCAGAUGCCCAGGAAAGUCCUUGGACUUAUUCAAAGAAAUGAGCAAAUGCAAACAAGAAGGAUACUCGUAUCAAGCUCUGGGAAUGAUUUACCAAGAGAAGGAUGAUUUUGGCGAGGCUCUCAAAUACCAUUUCAAGUCACUUGAGUUGAUGAUUAAACAUGGAGAAGAAGUCGAUGUGGGUGUUUCCUAUAACAACAUCGGCACUACUUAUCAUGCAAUCGGUAAAUACAGCGAAGCACUUGAGUAUUUCAAAAAAACUCAUGAAAUUAUGAAAAAAUUUGGCGACAAAGUAGCACUAGGCAAAGCCCACCACGGUCUUGGCCUGUGCUAUACUUCGCUCGGUCAGUUCGCUGAUGCCAUAAAACACCAGGUUAAAGCGGUAAAUAUCCUAGUGGAAACUGGACGUAGAUUCGAAAUGGGUCGAGCCUUCGCCGCGCUGGGAAGGUCUUACAACACAAUUGGCCACAAAACGGAAGCUAUGAAAAGUUAUCAGGAAGCCAUUAAAUGCAGUCAGGCGGUUGGGGAUAGGAGAGUCGAAUCAAAUUCCUACCAAGGUCUUGGCGAUGUGUUCGUUUGUUUAGGAAACACUGAACAAGGAGAGAUGUAUCUAAAGAAAGGUCUUGCUUUAACAAAAGAGACUGGAGAUAAAAGCAACGAGGCCACAAUCUACGCAGGACUCGGGUUCUGCUAUAUGUGUUGUGGUCGACAUACCGAAUCUGUUGAAAACUUUAAUUUAGGAAUUUCUCUAAUGCAAGAAAUUGGAGAUAAACGUGGCGAAGCGACAGCUUUGAUUAAUCUUGGAUGCCUGCACACGACGUUUGGAAAUCUGAAGAAAACAAGACAAUUUCUGAAAAGGGCACUCAAGAUAACGAGAAAAAUUGGAGAUAAAGGAAAAGAACAAGAGGCUCUUACCUUGCUAGGGAUUUUUAAUAAGAGGGAAGGAGAACUAAAAAAGGCACAUGAUUGCUUUUCACAGAGUAUCACUUGCGCUGAAAAGAACCGCGAACUACUUCAAGACGAACAUAAACUUUCUUUGGACAACGUAACCUUCACUAGCUAUUACGAAUUAUGUUCGCUUCGAAUCAGCCAAAAACAAUUUGCUGAGGCGUUGUGUACUGUAGAGCGUGGACGUGCUCGAGCUCUUGCCGACUUACUGUCCAAGAAAUAUGGCAUCCAAAGGAACAACUCGCACGAAUUAUUUCCGAACAUUGUCAGGGAACUUUCCAUCAAGAACCGAAGUACGAUCCUCUUCAUGGCUACGCAUCGGUUUGAAAAGUAUUUCUGGGUUUUGAAGGGUGGAGAAAUUCAAUUUAAGUUGUUGGAAUCUAAAGUGUUAAAGGACACCACUGACUUGCUCACGAGUUUGCUGAGAGGACAAUCUGUGCCUGAAUGUGAAGAUCGCUCAUUGUCGGCAUACUAUGGAUUAAAACAAUCAUCGCGUGAAAAAAAAGACAAACGCAGGCAGCGUCUCAUGGAAGAAGAAGAGGAAGAGGAUGGAAAGGAGGAUACUACCUUGUACCAAUGGUAUGAUGAUAUUUUCGCCCCUGUUGCUGAUCUUGUUCAUCGUCAAGACAUCAUCAUCAUCCCAGAAGGUGAGGAUUUCAUGGUGCCAUUUUGCGCAUUAUGUGAUGGCAACGACAAAUUCUUGUCAGAGACCUUCCGAAUCCGUCUGAUUCCAUCACUAACAGCACUGAGGAUGAUCCAGGACAGUCCUGAAGACUAUCACAGUGCAACUGGGGCGUUAAUCGUUGGUAAUCCCUCUGUUCCCCCCCAAACAAAGUUAUCGUCAUUGCCAGGAGCAAGAAGAGAAGCACUGGAAAUUGCAGAGUUGUUGGGUGUGUCGGCUACAAUAGGAGAUGAAGCCACCAAAAAACAGGUUCUCCGACGGAUUCGAGAUGUCUGUUUGAUCCACAUUGCUGCCCAUGGUGAUCCAGAAAGAGGGGAAAUUGCUCUUGCCUCAAGUUUUCCAUCCAGACGAACUCCAAGUAAGGAAGACUUCAUGCUUACCAUGGAAGAUGUCGCAAAAGUUGGUACCCGAGCGAAGCUGGUUGUACUCAGCUGUUGUCACAGUGGUAGGGGACAGAUUAUGAAAUCAGAGGGAGUUGUGGGUAUCUCCCGCGCCUUUUUAGCAGCGGGAGCUCGCUCAGUGCUGGUUACUCUGUGGGCCGUGGAUGACAUAGCCACGAAAGAGUUCAUGAUUCGUUUCUACGGACAUCUGAAGCACGAUAAACUGAUUGCCAGUGAGGCUCUUCAACAGACCAUGAAGUGGAUGAGAGAUUCCAAGAGGUACAGAUUCAAUGAGUGGGCACCAUUUGUUCUGCUCGGAGAUGACGUCACUCUGGACCUAUAA